UAGAAAGAAACAAGACUAGGCAGAACAGAUUGCGGACACCAAAGAAAGUUUAUUCCACCGUCUACCGGAAUGGUGGUAUGCCUUCGGUAAACUGAAUACAAUGCUUGUAGAGUAAAAUACGGUAACAGGAAAAAAAAUACAUUCUUAUAAAACAAAAGCAAUGCAUUCACGAAAAAAUAGAUUCUAUUGAUUUUUUAAACAUAAUUUAUUUAAAAAAAGGAAGUUAUAUAGUGACUUGAAACAAAUACAAAAUAAAUACAGUAUUAAAAAGAAAAAUAUCUAAAUGAUGGCUGCAGCAGGAAUUUCAGGUCGUCUUUCCUCGGUUGCUUCUUGCCGAUUCCCAACAAUCCAACACCCGCUGUCGAGGCUCGGAGAUCCCGACACCAUCUCCCUUCGAGGUUUCUCGAAAGCCAGCGGCAGAAACCCGAGCGAGAGCGAAGCCGAGCAGGGAAGACCACUUGCGAACGAGGAGAGGCACGACACUUUAUAUCGGAGCCAGUCUUCAAAAAGCUAUAGAUGUUUCACUGGAAGAGACCCCGACACUGAAAGGGUUGGCCCGCUGCCACUACAGCACAUCCCAGAAGGUGUGGAGGUGAUACCCGUGACAGAUCCCAACAAAACCAGGCUACCUAUCUUUGGUCAGCAAGCUGAUAUUGGAAGCCGCGCUGAGAGCAGAGUCAGUCAGACGAGCAGCCGAGCAAGCACAGUAUCUCGCCCCGGGACUCAGCUCAGAAUUGAGGUGGAUGAGCUGGAGCAUCUGCUUCGAGAGAAAAUGAGAGCUGGGGGAUAUUUUACAAUGAGGCAGCUGUUCAAAAACAACGAUCCUGAAGGAAAGGGGCAGGUUAACAGGGAUGUGCUGCUUAUGGUCCUCACUAAACUUCUUGGAAGAUUUAUUAGCUCCAAACAAUAUCAGCAGCUACUUUUAAGGCUUCAGUUGUCUGAGAAGACCAUUGUUAAAUUUGAAGAGCUGUAUGCAGCAGUCAGAGACCCAGUUGCUGAAGGAGCCCCAGCAUGGCUUAACACAGUUAACCGGUACAAUGGCAGAGCCUUGAUGACUGCUGCCCAGGUUCAUGCACAGCUAAAAGAAAAGACAAAGCAAAGAUUCCUUGAUCUUGCUGAGCUGCUUCCCCAAAAGAAUCCAGGAGGAGCUAGUAGAAUUGUGGCCCCUGAGUUUCAGAAUAUGUUGAAUCGUAUGGGCUUUCACAUGGAAGAAGAGGAGUUUGAAAAGCUGUGGAAGAGAUAUGAUAAGGACGGACUGGGAGCCAUCAAAGGAGAUGCUUUUCUUAAAAGACUUGGGAUUGAUUUUAGAAAUAGUUCUGCAAAUCAUGCCGAAAAUGCAGUUAGAAAAUCCAGGGAAUCAAUGAACUCAGAAAAUUCACCAAGACAAUCAAGAACCCUUUCAAAAGCAGAGGAGGAACGGAAAGCCUCCAUCACCAUAGAGAAGUGGCUGAAAGACAAAUUUAGGGAGGGCUUCAAAAACAUGAAGAUUGAAUUUGAAAAAUAUGAUCCUGGGAAAACAUGCAAAGUUCAACAGGAAGAGUUUCUGUGUGCUCUGGAGAAAUUUGACUUGCACCUAAAGAAGGAGCAUGUGAAGCUUUUCCUGGCAAGGUGUGGCCUUGAGAACAACAAGUCUGGGAUCGACUAUGUAGAGUUCCUUAAGAACUUCCAGGACCGAAGUGAGAGAGGAGUCACCCACAAAAUCCUCUCCAAUCCACAACACAAAUUCAAUCAAGAUGAAAACAUUAGCCUGGCUUCUUCAGUUACUGCAAUAGAGGCAAAAUUGACUAAUAUGUUUCAGUCUGAAUUUCUGUCUCUUUUAGCUACAUUUCAUAAAAUUGACAAGCUAAACAGGGAUAUCAUCAGCCAAACAGAAUUUCGAGCAGCAGUUGAGAGCAGGUUCAGUUUGGAGAUCACUGAUGAGGAGUUUGAAGAGAUGCUGGACAGGAUCCCCCUUGACGAUGAUGGAAACAUACGAUACCCCCAGUUCAUGGCCAUGUUCGAUUCCUGGAAAGGAGCUCCCAGCCUAUUUGAUGUAAAGUCUGAAAUAACAUCCACAAAGAGCAGCAUGGAGGAGAUGAAGCAAAACCCCAGUCUAAAACAGGAGAGGUCCCAAUACAAGCAUGGGAGAGCACCAGACCAGCUCUUUGGGAUUAUAAAAACUCUAGUAAACAAAAACUACCAGGCUGUUGAGAAGACGUUUGAGGAGCUGGAUGAAAACAACACAAGACGCCUCACGCAAGAAGCCAUGUACCAGCUUUUAAAAGGAUUUGACACCCACCCUGAAAUUAGCCGGGGGGAGAUCCGAAGACUUUGGGAAACUUUGAUUACGAACCAAGACAAGACACUCGAUUUCUUGGAGUUUGUGAGGCAUUUUGGCUACUCUCCCAAGUCAGCCUGUUUUCCCAAUGCCAAGAUCAGUCCACCAAAGAAAGGAGAUGAUAAUUUCAGGCUCCGCUCCAAAAAACUCAACUGCGCCUCGGAUAUACUUGUUGAUAGUGUGCGUGCCAAGGUGGAGUACUUGUUGGAUGACCUCCAAAAAGAAUUUGAUGCACUGGACCCUUACCACACUGGUUUUGUGACCAAGGAGGAAUUCAAAGACAUUUUGACGGAGCUCUGUGUGCAGCUCAAUGCAUACGAGUGUGACAUGCUGGAAAAGAAAUUUGAAAGGAAGGGAGAUGGACGAGUAAGCUAUCUGGAGUUCUUGAAGCCAUUUGCACUGCAGAGACAGAGGUGGAAGAACGGCACUAACAUGGCAGCCGUCCUACAGCAUUCCCACAGAGAUGUCAGCGAACCACCAGCUGGCAAUCAUACUUCAGGACUUGAUACUCUUACAACCAGGCUGAGGAACAAGUUUCAAGGGGAGUGGAAGAAUCUCCGCAGAGCUUUUAAGAAGCUGGACAGUGAUGGAAGCGGCUUUCUCUCUAUUACAGAGUUUAGAUCUGUCUUGAAACUCUGCAACCUUAUUCUGGAUGAAGACGAAGUUUAUCACAUCAUGUCGAAGUUUGAUCACAACAUGGAUGGGCACAUAGAAUACAAUAAAUUUCUGGAGGAGGCAUGCAAGAAAGAAACAGCCAUUGGUGAAAAUAUUGAGUAACAUCUGUAGCGUGCAUUAGCAUAACAUGAAUGUUACAUAUAAAGUCACUUAUGACAUUGAACCUAUAGGACAUGCUGAAAAGAAACACAAACACAAAAUGUAAAUGUUGUAAACCUGAAUGUGUUGUAAAGGUUGAGAAAUGCUACCAGUGUGCAAUUAGUUUCAUUUUUUAACAGGGUUUGCUGUGGAAAAUAGAUCAGGGACCAAAUACUGUAAUAUUUAUCACUGAAUAACUAACAUUGCACUGUUUUCUCCUUUUGAUGUUGAGUGGAAACUGCUACUCACCUUCACUGUAAUAAAUUGCAUUGGCAUACUUGUUUAAAGGGCAUUCAUAUACAAUCUGUUAAUUUGAUAGUGUUGAUAAACUGAUAUUGUCCUCUUUCAGGGCCAUUACAAUGUGGUACCUCCAGCAAAAAAGUGUUUUUCUGUUAUGUUGGGUCAAAUUAAUCCAUUCAUUCAGUAAUCAAGAUGCUUUUAGACAAUGGAUAUUUUAAAGCAACUUUGGUUAAUUAAUUUGUUUAACUGUUCAGUGUUUAUUCAUUUAAGUUUUUAUAUAGUUACUAGUAGAUACAUUUGUUUUAAAGAAUUGUGAGAUUCGUUUUGUAACCCAAAAUCGUAGGAGACAUUACUUUAAAACUAAAAGAAAAAAAAAUUAAAUAGAAAAAACGAUAUAUGUUGUAAUAGUAUCUGAUUCUGUUAAAAAUCAGAUUGAUUGGAAUUAUGGAAAUUCUAAAUAUAAUAAAUGUUCUUCUUCAU